UUCCUCGACGGGAGCGCGCCGCGCUUUGGCUCCGCCCCCUCCUCAGCCUCAGUCAGUCGAGGCCAGUCUCCGGCAGAAACUUUCGCGGGGGUGCUUCGCCUCGCCACUCGGAGGAGAAGCGGAGAGGAAGCAGAGGGGAUUCCAGGGAGGGGCGGGCCGGGGCUGGGCCAUGCGGGGCUCCCCCCGGAAGGCGGAGGCCACGGCGGGAUGCAGAGCCAGGACCCGGAGCAUCGGAAGCAGCCCCCGAAGCAGCAGCAGCAGCAGCCGCGCCAGCAAGACCCCGAGGCCGGGCUCCGUCGUCGGGGGGCGUCCGGCUGACAGGAUGCGGCGGGGGCCGGGCAGGAGGCAUGGCCCCCCCGGCGGCGGCGUCGUCGUCCUCGGGCCCGGCUCCCGCGGGGUCUGCCCCGGCUCCUCCGGGCGGCCCUAAGGCUCCCCCUCCCCGCCGCGGGAGGCGCCUCCUCUGCAUGUGCAGCCUCUCCCUCUGCCUCACCUACGCCGCCUACAGCCUCAUGGGGGGCCCCCCUCUGGCCCGCGCCCCGCCGCAGGAGGCCCCGCCCGCCACGCCCAGGAGGCCACGCCCCCCGGAGGACCCCACCACAGCCCCGCGCCCCUCCUUCCCCCCCGCCUCCCCCUCCUCCCCCUCCUCCUCUCCGGAGGCCCCGCCCCCUCCCCUCUCCGGGACCCCCAGCCCUUCCUUUCCCCCUUCCCCUUCCUCGGAGCCCGGCGAGCAGCGCCUCCCGCAAGCCGUGAUCGUGGGGGUCAAGAAGGGCGGGACACGCGCCCUCCUCGAGGCCCUCCGCGCCCACCCCGCCGUCCGCGCCGUCGGCACCGAGCCCCACUUCUUCGACCGGAACUACCACAAGGGCCUCCAGUGGUACAGGGACUUGAUGCCCAGGACGGUGGAGGGGCAGCUGACCAUGGAGAAGACCCCCAGCUACUUUGUCACCAGUGAGGCUCCCCAGCGCAUCCAUGCCAUGGCCAAGGACACCAAGCUGGUGGUGGUGGUGCGGGACCCUGUCACGCGGGCCAUCUCGGACUACACACAGACCCUCUCCAAGAAGCCCGAGAUCCCCACCUUUGAGGUGCUGGCCUUCAAGAACCGGACCCUGGGUCUCAUUGACGCCUCCUGGAGCGCAAUCCGCAUUGGAAUCUAUGCCCUGCACCUAGAGAGCUGGCUGCAGUACUUCCCGCUCUCCCAGAUCCACUUUGUCAGCGGCGAGCAGCUAAUCUCUGACCCAGCUGGAGAGAUGGCCAAGGUGCAGGACUUCCUGGGCCUGAGGCGCGUGGUUACCCAGGCCUACUUCCACUUCAACAGCACCAAGGGCUUCCCCUGCCUCCGGCGGCCCGAGGACGGUGCCUCUGCUCCCCGCUGCCUGGGCAAAUCCAAGGGUCGGACCCACCCCAAGAUUGACCCUGAGGUCAUCCGCCGCCUACGCAAAUUCUACAAGCCCUUCAACGUCAUGUUCUACCAAAUGACUGGCCAGGAUUUCCAGUGGGAGCAGGAAGACGGCGAGAAGUGAGGACCUCCAGGCUGCAAAGGAGACUCCUCUCCAGAGGGAUUCCCCCAAAGAAGGGGAAGGGGUCCUUCCUCCUGACCCAGGAUCCAGGACUACGAUGCUUCUGCUGCCAUGAUUGAGGGGUUGUUUUCUUGAAGGAUUGUGGUUGCCAAGGGGGCAAAGGACAUCUCCCCCACUGACCCUUGAUCCCCUGCCUGCCUCCUUCCUUGGACCCUGGAGCCGGAGGGCAAAGCCAAGGGAAGGGCUCUAUGGUAGAGCUGAGCCCCAGCGAAUGAGAAGAGGAGGAAGAAGAAGAAGGAGAAGCAAGGCCCUUUGGGGCCAUGACCCACUCCGUGCUGCUAUCAGUGGGAGUGAGGAAGAUGAAGGAAGGGAGAGGAAGAAGAGCCAAGCCAUUUCACCCAUCCUGCUGCUGCACCAUAUUUUCAGAGGUUUAUUUUUGAUACGGGUUGAACUCUGGACAUGGGAAGCAAGGCUCUGGAAACCAAAGGGGUCUCUCCAAUGCAGUCCCUGCUCAGUGCCAAGGGACACUCUGAAUCCCUCCAUCCUGAUUUGCCUCCCUAACACAAAGUGUGGAGCUGGUGUGCUGAUCUCUUGCCCUCUAAAUGGUAGGAACCGGUCCCUGUUCCAGGAGGCGGGAGAGUCCUCCAUCCAGAGAGAAGCCAAGCAGCUCCCCCAUAGCAAGACCCGCGGAGCAUGGGGUGCAUUGACCCCCCCUGGGACCCCCGCCCAUUUCUGACCCCUUCCCACAGUGUCCCACUUGCUGCUUUUGUGCCCCAAGGACCCUGCCGGUCUUUGGAAUAAGUCAUCGUCUCAGAAAGCAUUCGGCUAGAUUUUGUUUUGCGCCUCCCCUCUCUUUAAAUGUCAGCACUCUCAGCACGCAGGAGAUUGAAUUUUUAUAUUUGAUUUCAAUUAGCAAAGCAUAAAUUAUAUUUAAUUUUCUACACACAGAGACCGGAUGAGUCAUUGUCCUGGAAAGCCAGGGAUAUUAUUAUUAUUGUUGUUCAGAGACUGACAAUGGAAAGGAGUUCUGGGGCUUUGGGCUCAGUGGCCGGGAGGGGAAAGGGGGCCUCCAUCUACACCCCGGAUCCAGAGGGAGAGGCGAAGGAUGGAAGCGCAGGCCGAGGAGACAAACCACACAGAAACAAUAAAAACUCCUAACAGCA